AUGGCUAAACCGUUUGUUCUCAUAGUCGGCGCGGGCCCAAGUGGCGUGCUUCUCGCCAUUAUGCUUGGGAAACAAGGAAUUCCGGUGAAACUACUCGAAAUGGCGAACGAGCUAGAUGAUCGCCCGCGCGCAGCCCACUAUGCACCAGUAGCAGUCAUGGAACUUCAAAGGGCAGGCGUUUUUGAGGAUAUCAAAGCAGCGGGAGGCUUCUUUCCUGACGGAGUUUGCUGGCGGAAGCUUCACGGAGACAUCCUAACAACGCUUUAUUCUCCCAAGCCAGAAGAUGUAGAACAUCCGCUCAUUUGCCUGCCAUUGAACCAGCUGAAUGGAAUUCUUCGAAAACACCUCGACCAAAUCCCAGCCGUCGAGCUCCUUUUCAACCACAAAGUCACUGACCUGGGACAGGAUGAGAAUGCCGCCUGGGUUACUGUUGAGACCCCUGAAGGGGAGAAGACUUUCACAGCGGACUACAUUGUUGGAUGUGAUGGGGCAAAUAGUUUAGUCCGCCGCAAAUUAUUUGGAGACUUGAACUUUCCAGGAUUUACCUGGGACGAGCAGAUUGUUGCUACAAAUAUUUAUUAUCCAUUUGAGAAACACGGAUUCACCAUCGAUUCAAGUUUUAUCAUUCAUCCGGAACACUGGUAUAUGGCUGCGCGUAUUACCACCGACGGUAUGUGGCGGGUUUCUUAUGGGGAGCUUCCUGGACUGAGCUUCGAGGAGCUUAAAGAACGUCAGCCUAUGAAAUUCAAGACUAUGCUCCCUGGUAAUCCAGAACCUGAGGAUUACCGAAUGGUAAACUUUAGCCCUUAUAAAAUUCAUCAACGACUUGCCGAAUCAAUGAGAGUUGGCCGCUUUCUUCUUGCGGCCGAUGCAGCGCAUUUGUGCAAUCCAUUUGGUGGAUUAGGCCUUACAGGCGGUAUAGUUGAUAUUGGCAAUUUGUAUGAUUGUUUAUACGGCAUCUACAAAGGGUAUGCUGGUGAUAGCAUACUCGACCUUUAUAACAAAGUUCGCCGUGAGAAGUACAACGAUAUCAUCAAUCCUGUCUCAAGCGAGAACAUCAGGCGGUUGUUUGACCAGGAUCCCGAUCUUGCAUUGGAAGAGGAUGAGUUUUUGAAAAUGCUCAAAAGGGGAGAGUCUGAUCCAAGUGCUUUGAAAGGGUUACAAGCUGCGGCUAUGGCCCUUCAAUAUGAUUUUACAAAGCACUAUCAUAAUAAUCCAUAG